UGAAACAACAUGGCGGAUGGACCAGGGGCAUCACUGGAGAUCGAGCUAUUGAUACUGAGCACGGCGCCCCCUGUCGACUUGAUAUCGAUGAACGUGACGCAGGGCAACACCUCCACGAUGGACCUGAAGAUGAUGGAGUUCGAGCGACUCGUGCGGAUCAUAGUUCCGACCAUCUUCGGCGUGAUCUUCCUCCUGGGCCUGAUCGGGAACCUGAUGGUCAUUCUGGUGGUGGCGUCCGACAAGAAGAUGCGCAACACAACCAACAUCCUCAUCCUCAGCCUCGCCACCGCCGACCUCAUGUUCAUCGUGUUCUGCGUGCCCUUCACCGCCACCGGCUACGCCCUGCCCAUCUGGCCGUUCGGCAGCGAAUGGUGCAAGAUCAACCAGUACAUGACCUACGUCUGCGCCUACGCCAGCGUCUACACGCUGGUUCUCAUGUCCCUGGACCGCUACCUGGCCGUGGUUCACGCGAUCCGCUCCAUGCACAUCCGGAACGAGAAGAACACGUGGAUGGCCGUGUUUCUUACGUGGGGGGUGAUUCUCCUGGGCAACAUCCCGAUCCUGUUCCAGUACGACUACUUCCCAUACGAGCACAACGGCGAGAACCGCUCGGCGUGUCUGAACGUGGCCAGUUUUCGAGACACCAAUGUCGGACGGAUUUUCUAUUCCUGCUUCUUCGUGUUCGGCUACGCACUUCCGCUAGGCGUCGUUUGCCUGAUGUACGGUCUCAUGUUAAAGCGACUACUGUACGGCGUGGUGCCCGGGGGAGGGAACCAGUCUGCAGACAGUAUUCGCGCCAAAAAGCGAGUCACCCGGAUGGUGAUCAUAGUCGUCGUCAUGUUCGCCGUCUGCUGGCUGCCAAUUCAAAUAAUUUUAGUCGUUCAGACAUUCGGAUUCUACCCAACGGAAGUUUCCUACAUCGGUUUACAGAUGGCGUCAAACUGUGUAGCGUACAUGAAUAGCUGCGUUAACCCGUUCCUUUAUGCUUUUCUGUCGGAGAACUUUAGAAGAAGCUUUCGUAAAUUUAUCUGUUGUUUUUCUCUGCCAAGGAAAAUGGAUUAUGAGAGGACAAAUAUUCGUGACAAAGACACGAGAAGCACGUGCAUGACACGUACAACGCUUAAUCACGUCUGAAUGUUUAUUGUCUUUAUGCAAACGUGUUGUGACGUCACUGAGUUCAUAAACUGGAUUAUUGUUCUUGAUUAAAUAUUGUUAUUCCUGUAAUAACACCAGAGUGCUAAGUUAAGUUUAUAGGACAGAUGGCAUCAA